GUUGUAAUUAGUUUCAAAUUUAAACAGAAGUAAAAAAAUUGUAUAAUUGUACAGCAUAAAAAAAAUAAUUAAAUAAUGAGUUCAAAAGACGGAGAAUUGCAAAAUUUUAGUUUUACGAAACUCGCAGAAGAAUUGGAUUCGGCUACAAGCAGUGUUAGUUUUGAAGGGAAAUCAAAUAAGUGGGAAAACGAAGCGGCUGUUCAACCUGUAAUCGAUGAAAUCAAUAAAUCUCAGAAAUUAACGCUCCUUAAUUUAGAAGGGAAUACGUUAGGUGUUGAAGCGGCUAAAGCUAUUGGUCAAGCACUUCAAAAACAUCCAGAAUUCCAGAAAGCUCUUUGGAAGGAUCUCUUUACUGGUAGAUUAAAAACAGAAAUACCUUUAGCACUUAAAGAAAUGUGCAGUGGUAUAAUAAAAGCGGGCGCAAAUUUAACAGUUUUAGACUGUAGUGACAAUGCGUUAGGUCCAAAUGGCAUGAUUGGUUUAGUAGAUUUUAUAAAAAGCUCGUCUUGUUAUAGUUUACAAGAAUUAAAAUUAAACAACUGUGGAUUAGGUGUCCAAGGAGGUAAAAUGUUGGCAGAUGCAUUACUUUCUUGUCACGAAUCAAGCGUAAAAGCUGGUAAACCGUUAAAACUCAAAGUUUUUAUUGCUGGACGAAAUCGUUUAGAAAAUGAAGGGGCUAAGGCACUUGCAAAAGUGUUCGCAGCUGUAAAAACUUUAGAAGAAAUUGCAAUGCCACAAAAUGGUAUAUAUCAUAUAGGUAUAGCUGCAUUGUCCGAUGGAUUUAAAGAAAAUGAGAAUAUGAGAGUUUUAGAUUUAAAUGAUAAUACUAUCACUUCAAAAGGUGCCGUUUCUUUGGCAAGUGCUUUCAAAUCAAUGCAAAAAUUGAGAAAAAUCAAUUUUGGUGAUUGUUUACUGAAAACAAAAGGAGCCCUGCUACUAGCAGAAGCCAUUCAAAAUUCACAUGCAGACUUAGAGAUUCUCGAGUUGGAAUCCAACGAAAUUGAAAUGAAUGGGGGAAUAACUGUAGCUUCAGCCGUUGGAAAUAAAGAAAACCUAAAAAUUUUAAAUCUUGAUUGCAAUCAAUUUGGAGGAGAGGGAUGCAUUACGAUUCAAGAAAUAAUGGAGGGAAACGGGAAGCUAGACUGCUUGGCUUCUAUGGAAAAUGAUGAAGGUGAUGAUGACGGCGUUGAUGAUACUGAAAAUGAAGAUGAAGCAGAAAACGAGGACGAUUAUGAAGAAGAAGAAGAAGCGGAAGAUAAAAAUGAACCAGCAGAGAUUAGUUCUUACAGAGGCUUAGAAUCAAUUUCUUUAUCGGAAGAUGACGACUGUGAUGUUAACUAUAUCGCAGCAUUUUGUAAUAAAUCUGUAUUCAACAAUAAAGAAAAUUCUUCACACGACAACAGUGUCGUAUUCAUUAAAGAAGAAGAAUUAGCGAAUACAAUCGAAAAUUUUAUUGAGUGCAACACAACUUCAAAAAUGUUUAUGGCAUUAACAGAAAAAAAUAAACUCGAAGAGUUUAGAAACUAUUUGAAGAAAUACAAAGAUGAUGAUUAUUUAAUAAGAUUGACAUUUUUAGUUUUAAAGUGCUCAGAUGUUUCAACAGAAUCUGCAGAAGCUUUAGAUAUUGCUGUUGCUCUAUAUAAAGAUGCUUUCGAUUAUGCAAAAGAAACAAAUCAAAUAUCAAGAGUUCGAACAUUUUUUUUAAUUCAAUUAGGUCUUUUAAAAUGUGAAGACAAAUCUUUUAAACCGGCAUAUGAUUUAAAAGCAUGUCGAAAUGCUGCUAAAAUUGCUGUAGAUAAAAAAUGUUUUCCGGAUGAAAUAGAAUCAUCAUUCAAAUUAUUUUUGGAAAAAUUUGGUGAUGCACAAUUUGUUAAACCCUAAAAGGGAACUAGAACUUAAGUUGACCGCUUUUUUGCAAAAAAAAAAUGUCGAAAAUUAAGAAAUUUACAGACACACUACUAAAAUUUUUAUAUAAAGCUUAAACUUAAAAAUUGUAUGUUAUGAAAUUUAGAAUCUAAUAGUGAUUCUAUCAAUUUAUACAACAAUAAAACUUCAU